AUGGGCACCGAGGUGGUCUCAGGGGUCAACCGCGGCUGGUGCGGCGACCACGCCGACUCGCGCGACUUCUUGAUGCGCUGCCUGGAGCUGGCCGAGAUCGAGGACGACAUAAUCGAGGACAUCGCGGACGCGUGCGAGGUGACGGGCUACUGCCCGGCGGCCCUCGCCGGCGACGGGGUCGUGCUGGAGGCCGUGGCGGAGAAGCUGUUCCUCACGGAGCAGGAAGCGGCCACGCUGAUAGAGGUGUGCAGGGCAGAGGUGCCCAAGGCGGGCGGGGGGGCGGCCAGCAGGAAGGCGCUCUCCGGGAUCGAGCCCCUGGGCAAGGACUGGGACGUGUUGGGCGACGGCGUGGGCGGGCUGGACAAGGUCGGGAAGGCCGGGGCGCCGGCGAAAGGGCCGGCCGGCGGCUGGCAAGGUGCGGUCAAGCCCAGCCAGGGAGCGGCGCGAGGCGGGGACUCCAUGGCCGCGCGCUUCUUCCCGAUCAACAGAUUCAUAGAGUCGAAGGCGCCGCCAUUUCAGACCUCCCCGCCCCAAUUCAGCAAGCCCGGCUGGGCGGGCGCCAACCUGUCGGGCGGCCUGAGGCCCUUCGGCGUGAAGGGGCCGAAUGUGGAUGAGCCCAAGGGGGACGCAUCUCAGCCCUACGCCAUGUCCGCCAAGCUCAUGUCCUGGAAGCGCGACUGCGGCGCCACCUCUGGCGCUGGCCAGCUCCAGGGGGUGGGCCCCGCCAAGGGCGGGGACCCCGACGCCGAGCGGGACACCCCGGGCGGCUGGCCGGGAUCCGGCGGGCCGGAGGGCCUCAAGGCCUUUAAGCCGCCCGGGGGGGACGUCGGAGGGGCCGAUGGGGUUGACGACUCGGCAGGGGAUGCAAAGCAGGUGUACACGUUCAGGAGCCAGGGCAAACCGGACGCCGAGGAGGGGCGGUUGUGGAAGCGCGGGGCGUCCCAGCCGGCCAGCUUCUUCUCCCUGCCGGCCAAUGGCGACGGGCUGGUGGGCCGCCAGGCCGCCGCCCCGCUGAGCCCCGACUCGUCCGGAUCCGACUCCGACGAGGCUGGCGCGGCGGGUCGCUCACCGCCCGCGCGCAAGUUUACGCAGGGGGCGAGCUUCGCGAGCGGCAGGCCGGCGCAGCGCCAGUCCGCGUCGCGGAGGCUGAGCAACUGCGGCCUGCGGCUGUCCAGGCCGCGCGUGCCGAGGCUGAAGCUGCCCCAGGUGUGCAGCCCCGUGAGGGCAGAGGGGGGCAGGUGCCCGGGAUCUCAUUUGGCGUCUUCCGAUGAGUCGGUGGACACGAUGGUGACGGGAUCCGCCAGGAGCCAGAGCACCGCGGCCAGCGGGCAGGGGUCGGGCGAGAUGCCGCGGAGGGGGGUGGCCCAUGGCAAGGGGGGGAACCUGAUGUACCCGUGGGGGGACGGCGGCGUGGAGCCCUGCGUGCGGGGCGCGACGUGGGAUCCCGGGCACGGCGGGGCCAAGGGGGGGAGGAAGGGCAGGCCCGGGCCCAGGAGGUCGCCGUCCAUGGAUAGCAGGCGGUCCAGCGACUCGGCGUGCACCUGGCGGACGACGUCGGAGGGACCACCAAACCUAGCAAGGCUCAGCAUUGGCUCAUCGCAGAGCAGCAUUGUGAUGGGAUCACUCCCCAGAAGCAGUAGACCAUGUUCUGCAUCGUUCAUGAUGCCCACAACGGCAUCAAAGGCGCGAGAAGAGGCCAGAGGGACAGUGACUCCAAGCCCCACAGCUUUCCUCAGGCCAGAAGCCAAGGAAGUCAGUCGUCGAGGUUCGCGACGUGGUGCCCACCCCUUCAAGCCGCUCCAGCACCGUCGAACCGUGAGUGCGAUGAGUCAGCUUACUGUCCCAAAGGGCCCCAACCUGUCCACGGAGGCUCGCACUCCAAAGCCGGCAGAGGGACCUAAACAGCGGCUGUAUGGGUGUGACACACCAGGAAGGUGCCCACGCGUGCGGAGCAGCCCGCGAAUUGAUGACACGCCAGGGAGGGUUCUGCGUGUGAGAAGCAGCCCGCGAAUUGACGACACGCCGGGGAGGGUUCCGCGUGUGAGAAGCAGUCCACGAAUCGAGACGUCGCCAGCUGGCUCCUGGAAGUUUUGA